UUAUCAGCAACUACCGGUGUCGAACAAACUCACGACACACAACACAAUCAGUAUUUUAGUCAUUCGUCGCGCUUUGUCCGGAGCAGACGCGUAUUGCAAAACUUCCGGUAUUUUGUGACUCUUUGAUUAUAAGAACUAACGAUGGCAACCACGGAAACACAGAAAAAUGGAAGUGCGCAAAAUUUAAUAAAACAGGCACCCUGGACAGACGAGCAAGGCAUCACGAUGAAGGUGUACCAGGGCGUUAUGAUGGCGCUAGAGAUUCUAGUUCUGAUUGUGAAGCUCUAUGCGACCUGGUUCUACUGUCUCUACCGCUUCUUUGUACCUCCAGAACCUAAGAGUGUUAAUGGGGAAAUUGUGUUGAUAACUGGGGCAGGCCACGGAAUGGGAAGAGAAAUGGCAUUGAGGUUCGGCCGUUUAGGAAGCGUCAUCGUUUGCGUGGACAUCAAUCCUAAAGGCAACGAAGAAACCGCCGAGAUGGUUAAAGAGAACAAGGGGAAAGCACAUACCUAUAAAUGUGACGUAACAGACCGAGAGGCCAUCAAUCAACUGAUAGAAAAAGUUCGUAAGGAAGUCGGAGAAGUCACGAUUUUGGUGAAUAAUGCUGGUAUCAUGCCGUGCAAGCCUCUACUCCAGACCAAUGAAAAGGAGAUCAGGCUGGCCUUUGAAGUCAACGUUCUCUCGCAUCUCUGGCUACUCCAAGCCGUGCUACCCUCGAUGAUGGAGAGAAAUCACGGUCACAUCGUCGCUAUGUCUUCGAUGGCUGGUGUUCUUGGUCUGCGUAAUCUGGUGCCCUACUGCGGUACCAAGUUCGCAGUCCGCGGUAUGAUGGAGGCUCUGCAUGAGGAACUUAGGGAGGAUCCGAGGGACUUCAGUGGAAUUAAACUAACCUGUAUCUUCCCGUACAUCGUUGACACCGGCCUGUGCAAGAACCCGAAAAUCAAGUUCCCGUCGCUGAUGAAGAUCAUAUCUCCCCAGGAGGCAGCUGACAACAUCGUGGAUGCUGUUAGGAGGAACUACUCAGAGAUGACAAUUCCCAGCUCCUUAUUUUACAUCAAUCAGUGGUGCAGAUUAUUACCAGUAGCCGUGCCGCUGCAAAUUAAGGACUUUUUGGACUCGGGGCUAGAACCUCAAUAAAUGUAGGUACAGUCUCAAAUUAUCUUGUGGUCGCUUCUUCACCUUUGUAUCCAGGUCUACAUCUAGUGUCAUUUCAUCAAGAGGACUGGCUUCAUAGAUUUCAGAUCAUCUUUGUGGGCUGUGUGUCUGGCAUAUAACAUAUACGAUAUCUUUAUGUCUGUAUCGGUAUGUCUUUGUUAUCUUCGUUAUGGAAACGAACGAUUAUGGGAAUAUACUUUUUAAGAUAUAAUCAUGAUUUAUUUCAAAGGUUUUGUUCAGGAGAAGCCAACCCAUGUUCCGAACCAGAAGUGGAACCGGUUUUAUAUUUUUUUACCAUAUAAGAGUGUGAUAAGUAGAUGUUAAGUAAAGUAGCCUUAGGGCCUGUUUCACAAUGUAUGGAUAAAGUACCAAAUAGCUAUGCCACACAAAUUAUUCGAAAGAUACAAGUUCCAAAUAAGAUACUUCGCGUUUCAUGACGUAUAGCGCUAUCUGCCAGUCGUGAAACGCAAAUAUACUGUUUAUCCUACCAAUAAGUAAUAAAUAGCUUAUUUGGAACUUAUCCGGACAUUGUGAAACAGACCCGUAAUAUGCCUUAAUUAGAUAGUGUAUCAACUUAACUGCUUCUGACAAUUUUCUUGUAUUUAAAAUUGCCAUAUUGAAACAAUGAUAAAGUGUCAAGUGUAAGGCUAUAGCCAAGAACACUUUGCGUCUAACGUUACCACUUACCAUAAAUAGAUUUUCAUAGCGAGACGCUUUACGCAAAGUAUCUUGUCUAGAGUCCCAGGUCUCGUAGUAUGUACGCCAUAUUUUAAUCAAAUAUUUUCAGCCAUUAAACAUUAACACUCAAACUAUACAGAUGAACAAAAUGUCCAAAACCAAUAGUAAUUAAGAAUAUAUUAUCAUGUUGCGAAGUAAGAUGGCUAAUUAAGUUUUGUAAGGACAUAAUUAUGGAUAUAUUUUUCUGAUUAUUC